GGCAAACGGGUAACCUAGUCGUUUUGCCAAUGAGGAAGGGAAAAUUGUGGUCGGUCGUUGGGUCGCGUGGCGUCGGUAGCUGGUGGUAGCGAAGAAGGUGCUCGUCGAAGGUGAUGGUGGUGGUAACAAACGAGGAUGGCGGUAGCUGGAUGACUGGCGGCGGAAGCGUCGUCAUGGCGACACAUCGAUCAGCCGCCGCCACGCGAAUCGAGUCGAGCCGGGGCCACAAUACACACUACUGCACCACAUUGCAAAAGAGGCGGCAUACCUAGUGCUACUCCUUCGACUAGUACCGAUCCCCCAGGAGUACUGGCCGACGGAUUCCACUGUUAAGUUCGCGAUAACUUCGCUGAACCUCAAGUCUAAUACACGCCGGACGAUCUUUUACAUGCUACCAAUAGGAAUCGCUGUUCAAUGAAUAUCAACGAGGAAGCAGGAAGUCCCAGAAGAGCAGAUGAUCCCGAGGAAGUUCUUAGUGUAUGUACGUAGUGUAUGUAACCCAUGUGGGUUAACGUGCUUGGUAGGAUAUUUUUAUAGGGGUAUCGGUAUAACGGAAUGGGCCAGGAUCGCGAAGUGGAAGUGCUGGAGGAUGGCACAAAGCACAGAGGCAAGUCGUCGGGACGAGAUGAGGAAGUUCCCCGAGUUCCUGGUUUGCUCGAGCCAAUUGCUGCUAUUACCCCUUUUCAGAGCGCGCCCUUCUUUUCUAUCUACGAGGGUGGCGGAUCGUCAAACUGGUCUCUUGGUUCUUGGCCGAUGACGCGGGGAUCAAAGACUGGACCAGGUUGCGAGGAGGCUGAAUCUACCGAGCGAAUUCUCCAACCGGGGCGGCAGCGGACGCCACAAACACCGGUCGUCGUCGUGCGCCUCCAGAGCAUCCAAGUCUUUUCAAUGACAGCCGUCCGCCCCGCGACCCCACCGGGCAUCACCCGCUAAGUUCUCAGUCAAGUUCCUGACCCUUUGACAAGUGGACGAUCACCGCUCGAGUACGAGCACCGGAUCAGCUCUUGGAUGAAAAUUACCAAAAAAGGGUCUCCGAUACUCCAAAUAAAAAUACAAAAAUCCAAAUACUCAAAAUCAUCCCUUAACACUCUUCCCUGAGGAUAACAAUUAAAUUCCUCCGAACAAGCCUCUUCGGUAAUGCCAUCCUGAGUGACGUAUCCUCAGGCACAAGUGCAAGCUCAGCAUGCAGAGCCACUUGCGGAGGAAACGAAGGAAAUGGAAAGAAGGAAGUAAUUCGCGCUGUUAGCCGUUAAGCCACAGGGUGGAAUCUGUCAUCUCUGGUAACCGUGUCAGCCGAACGGGUCUCCGGGGGGUGGUUCGUAAAACCAGGAACAAAGACCCAGUCGCAGUUGCCCCGGUAUACA